AGAUAAAACUCAAAGAUUUAAGCGAGAGAAAAACGGAUCUCUGGAUUUUGAGUUUUCCAGCGAUCUCAAACAUCAAAUUAAAAUGCAUGGACGGCACACAUUCUAUCCUUUUACUCUGCCCUUACAAGUUUGCACACUCUUGUAUGUGUGUCAGGUGUCUAUCAGUGGGGCCUCUCCAUUGGUGCUGAAUGGCACUCUGGGACAGUCAGUUACUCUGCCCUCGGGGUUUGAUGAGAAAAACUACAGCAGCAGUAAUAUAACACUGCUGGAAUGGGAAAUGAACAGAACUGUUAUCAUGCAGUUCCUAAAUAAAAACUGGUCUGCUCUUAAGAAUGAUCACUUCAAAGACAGACUCUUUGUAAACACAAGGGAUGGCUCUUUAACCAUCUCUCAGCUAAAAGGAGGAGACGAGGGAGAGUAUGUGCUCAGUGGCUUCGGAUCUGCAGGCAACCUGCCUCAACAAAGGAUAACCCUUCAUGUUUUUGUGGAAAUCAAUACAGUAAAAAUACUACCACCGAAGAGCUAUGGAGCAGAUAAUAAAACUUGCAACUUGACCUUGACCUGUCAGGUGACAGGGGGCAGCCAUGUUUCAUUCCUUUGGCUGAAGGAUGGGCGUGACAUUCCUGGAACUCCCAGUGGUGCAGUUCUAGAGCAGAUAGCUCAUCCUGGUGAUGGUGAAAUUCACUACACCUGUACAGCCUUCAAUGCCAUCAGCAAUCAGUCAGCUUCUAGUCAUAUUAAGUGCAACACACAAGAAGAAACAAGGACAAAAAAGGAAAAGGAUAUACUCAAAAUAAUCAUAAUUGCUGCUGCAGCUGGAGGUGGAGCUCUUGGAAUGACUCUUCUUGCCAUUUUAAUUUGUUGUUGCAUGAAAAGGAAGAACAAAAAAGAAAAGGAAGACACAGCUUCUACGCUUUAUGCUGAAAUCGAAAGAGUGAACACAUUAAAGGAUAAUAUUCCCGUUAGUGGACACCCACAGACCAUUUACAAUGUUGUCAAUAAGUCAAAGUGUGAAACACCCAGCAAGACUCUAUAUGAUACCGUGAACUUUAAUCGUAAGAAGGAGACCACACAGUACCAGGAAGUCCUCUAAAUUUAUAAUGGAACUAUAGGGACAUUUUUAUUUCUGAACACAAAUAUAGGUUGUAAAUAGACUUGGUGUACAGCACGAGUCCAUUGUAUUACCUUAAACAGCAAAGGUUUUUGACCCUCUCACCAAGUUGAGGUGAAUUAGCCACUAUCUGAAUGUAACCGGCACCCUACAUGUGAUAUUGCCCAAAUAGAGAA